AUGUCUAAUGAUGAACUUGAAGAAAUUUAUAACCAGCUUCAUAGCGAACUGGUUAAUGUGGAGUUGAAAUCCGAGGAUGAGAUCACCAUAGAAGACUAUAAGGUAAUCCACGAUGAAUUUACUAGACUGUUGAAAACUCUCGAUUCUCCUGAUAAUCAAGAGGAUGGGUAUACUGCCGAAAGAAGUAUAGAAGAAUUAAAUCAUGACCCCGAAAAGUUAAACACCAAGUAUUCCGAGUUGCAGUUAACUGCCAUGAGAGAGUGCGUAGCCACGACGUCUAGCAUCGAGUCUGUCCUGAUUAGUAAUUUCAAGAGAGACAUUCCUAACGAUGCCAGGGCUUUUCAAAUGCUUGCAACUCAGCUGGCCGAGCUGCGUGCACAGCUCACAGUAACUCAGACUGUCUUCAAAGCUCUUCUUUCUAAAAGCUUAGAAGAUAUUACUGAAGACCGCUUUCCGACCACAGAUAUUCAUUACACGCAAGUAGAAACAUGGAAUACUAAGGAGAAGCAGCUUGUACAGCUUUUGGAUAGCCUCCGACUCAAGGUAUCUGCUAAGGGUAUUCCAAUAAAUACCGAGGAGCAUUUGAUGGCAGAGGUGCAGUGUCUUGCGAAGGAGGCUUUUGAACAUGUUCAGCAGGGUCUGCAACAGAAAAAAACACGGGAUGAGCAGCUUGUCUCGUUUUAUAAGGAAUGCAACAAGCUCAUCUUCUGGUGCCGGAAGCAAAUUUCGAAUUUAGAGUCUAUGCAGGAGCCUGACCACAUCCAGACCUUCAGUGCGACAUUAUCCGAGAGCUAUAAAACAAUGUCCAGCAAUUUUGCAGUACUAGCUCAAAAUGUUUACCCCUACAUCCAUGCAAAUCAUCAGCCUGUGCGACAGGCACUGGAGGAAGCAGACGAGCUUUGGUAUUACUUGCUGGUCUUCACGCUUGAACGGCUGUCUAAGACUCUCCUCGAGAUCCACCCAAGGUCCCCUCUGGACGUACAGGUGGAGAAGUAUGCUACAUACCCCCGUCAUGUCUUGUCGUUCCUGGACGCCUUGAGGGAUGUAGUCGAUGAUGCCGCUACGAAGAAAGGUCCCUUACCGGAGGAUAUUCCAGGGCUGCGUGUGGGUUGUGAUGAGGCGUGCAAGAUAAUUCAAAGACAUGAAUCUUCUCAGGUGGAUGGAGUCCACCGGUUUGUAAUGCGUGCACGGGCGAUGCGCAAUGCAUAUACUUUUCUCCGUGAGUCUCUGCUGACGCGGUUGACCUUUAUAUCCUCGACAGCUGACAUUGUGAUUAAUUCUAAACGUCGGCAACAUGAGUUUGAGGAAUGUGUGCGCGAGCUGAAAAGUUGGGCUGCUGACCAGGCACAUGGUGAAUCGUGGAGGGACAUUUACAGCAAGAUUGUUGAAAUCAAGUGUAUGAUAGAACGCGAAAACGAAAACAUUGAAGGUCGAAAAGUAGCUGCAGACAUACUGUAG